AUGCUCACUGAAUGUGAAGCAUUGCUCAGACGGUCAAGCCAUGAAACCCGUCCAGGACAUGUACCGGCCAGUAAAGCUGAUAUACAAAACAUGCUAAAAGAGAUUAAAGCCUUCUUUGUGGCCGACAUCGCGCUGGUCCGAGAGGACAUAGGGGUGAUGACAGCCCAGAUGUGAGCACUGGAGGAAAAUGGUGAUAUCACCAGAGGCAAACAAGAAGAUUUGGAAGCCAAAGUGAACAGGCUACAACACGCCAAUAUCUCUAUGUAGGGUAGGCUGGCCGUCCUGGAAGACUCCAAGCGGCAACGAAACCUGCAGGUCCGUGGGGUGCCUGAGGAUAUAACUAAUAAUGAUGUACCCCACUACCUACAUAGAAUGCUGAGCUCUAUGCUAUCCCCAUCCAAGGCCAAAGUUAUGCCACUGGACUACAACUAUUGGGUCCCUAAAUCAUCUAAAGCCCUGGCCAGGAUCCCAAAGGACUUAGUGCUCUGUUUCCAGUCCUUGCAGAGCAAACAGCUUAUACAGGCCUCAAUGAAAGCUGCACCCACCUACCAUUUUGAGGGCUCAGACCUCGAGACCACGAUACUCUGGAGAAAAUCCCUACAACCAGUGACCAAGCAACUGAGAGUAGAAGACAUCAAGUACCGCUAG